AUGGCCCAACAACCGACGGAUAAUGUUAUGCGAAGGAAAUUGGUGAUUAUAGGCGAUGGUGCUUGUGGAAAGACAAGUUUAUUAAGUGUGUUUACACUUGGUUAUUUUCCAACACAUUAUGUGCCCACCGUGUUUGAAAACUACGUUACCGAUUGUCGAGUCGAUGGAAGAUCAGUGCAGCUAGCAUUAUGGGACACAGCCGGUCAAGAAGACUACGAACGGCUACGGCCAUUAGCAUACUCCAAAGCACACGUGCUGCUGAUAGGAUUCGCCGUCGACACACCAGACUCAUUAGACAACGUGAAGACAAAAUGGAUCGAAGAAGCCAACGAACGAUGUCCCGACGUCCCCAUCAUCCUAGUCGGCUUGAAGAAAGAUCUCCGCGAUGACCCCGUUGCUAUUGAAGAAAUGAGGAAGAAGUCACUUCGAUUCCUCACACCCAAAGAAGGCAGUGAAACCGCCGCACAGAUUGGAGCUCGCAAAUAUCUUGAAUGCUCCUCGUUAACGGGAGAAGGUGUGGACGACGUUUUCGAAGCCGCAACCCGUGCGGCGCUUUUAUCCUUUGAGAAGGAGCGUAAUGGGUGCUGUGUCAUCCUAUGA